AUGGCAGGGUUGAGAUUUUCGGAUCUCGGAAACGUGCUGGGCCUUUUGGGCCUGGCAUCGUCGCUGUUCACGACCAUCAUUGGCAUCGUCUAUACCUGGUACCAUCACCCGGUGCUCAAGCUCAAGUGGUCUGAGUGUGGCUGGUCAGACACGGCAGCACAAAAAUGGGUUGACUGCAAUUCAGAGUGGGCCUCGAAUUUCGGCAUGGCCCAGCUUCCGUCACUUGUGCCGCUCUUGAUGGGAAUUUUCGGCACUUUCAUGUAUCGCCCGAUGCUCCUCCAGGUGGGUGGCUUUCCCAAAAACUUUGUGCAGUAUGCGAUCUGGCUCCUAUUCCAGGGCAUGUUUGCUAACUUCGGCUACUGUGGCAAGCUUGGCGUGAUCAACGGAUGGUUCAGCAUCAUCCUUGCAGUUGCCUCCCUGGUGGCAGAAGUGACAGGCUUGAAGACCGACCGCAUGCUGGAGCUGACAGGGCACAAGUUGGUGUCUUGUGGUGGCAGCAUGACGUCGGAGAAGGUCUCCUCAAGGACGACGGAGAAGGAUGGUAUCAAGGAUUACAUGCCCUGGGCCAUCGUAUCCGCAUUCUUCUGCCCGCUCUUAGGAGGCUACGGCGUCUACCAAGCAUCGCAGGUGAAGAAGCUGAAGAAGAAGGAUCCCAAAGCAGCCCGCAGAGCUGCGAAGUCUACUACUACGUGGAGCCUUUACGCUCUCAUGCUCGGCGUCGUCAUACUCGGCGCGUCGGGGACUCAGGGACUCCGGGCCGGGCCAUGGCAGGGACUCUUGCCGCCGUUUAGGGCACUGCCAUGGCCAGGCUUGGACUCUCCAAACAGCUGUUGCUAG